GCGGUAGAGAUGGCCAUUGUCUUUAGCGUUUUUGUUCUUUUUGCUUUCUCUAUAUCUUUCUGUUUAACCAAUGGUGCGAAAAGUGGUGAAUGCAUGCCCGGACCGCGCUCUCAAAAUGAAUUUAAUUCCUGGUUGUCUGGCAUGAAGGAAUGGCGGCAGUCGGAGUUGUCGAAAAUGAAAUACAAUGACAGUGUAUACGACAAAUUUCUCUUGUGGACCCCAUCUAGCAUCGUCUCGCCGCAGGUUAUGAUUCAUGAUCGUUAUCUUUAUGACUCUGAGCUUGGUGAAUACACAGUAGAUAAAUUCUUGAAUGAUUUUAAAACUCGGUACAAUGGUGUUGACAGUGUUCUGAUGUGGCACAGUUAUCCCAAUAUUGGUGUUGACAAUCGAAAUCAGUUUGACAUGAUGCGAAGCCUUCCUGGUGGUAUUGACGGUGUUCUUUCUCUUGUCAACCAGUUUCACACUCGUGGUGUCAAUGUGCUAUUUCCAUAUAAUCCUUGGGAUCAAGGAACAAGGGAUGAGGGUACAGAGGACUAUAUUACUUUAACUGGGUUACUGAAACAAGUCAAUGCUGAUGGAUUCAAUGGAGAUACAAUGAGCUAUGUACCAGAAGACUUCUGGAUUCAGUCAGUGAAUAAUGGUCAUCCUCUAGCUAUUGAACCAGAAGGUGGUCCACAAGAAGCAACAUUGAACUAUACCAAGAUGGGAUGGGGCUACUGGAAGUAUGAGUUCAUUCCUUGUGUUGAUGCUUUUAAGUGGCUAGAGACAAAACACAUAACUCACAUCUGUGAUCGAUGGCAAAUGAAUCACACAAACAACCUUCAGCACACUUUCUUUAAUGGCAUUGGAUUUGUGAGUUGGGAGAAUGUGUGGGGCAUAUGGAAUGGAAUGAAUGACAGAGAUGCACAGGCUCUGGCUAGAAUUAGCACAAUAUUACGCUACUUUGCUCCAUUGCUAGUGAGUAAAUCCUGGGAACCUCAUACUCCAACUCUACAAUGGGGUGUAUUUGCAAGCAAGUGGCCUGGAGAUGGAGAAACACUGUGGACACUGGUGAACAGGUUGCCAACUCCUGUAACAGGAAAUCAAUUGCAGGUUGAUAUCAAUUCUACUUGGAAGUUAUUUGAUUGUUACCAUGGCACAGAAUUAAAGAAUUUGACAAUCGAGAGAGUUGAAGGGACUGGCUCAACUCAGAUGAUGUCAUUAUCAUUUUCUUUAGAUGCUCUUGGUUAUGGUUGUAUUCUUGCCAUUGAACCAUCCAAAGUUACAACUGAACUGCAUUUGUUUUUAUCACACAUGGCCAUUCUCACAAAGCAACGUCUUGGUAAUUUUUCAACUGAACAUGUUGUACUAAAGCAGACCAUGACUGUCAAUGAACCAUCCACAAGGCAUUCUACAACUCCUGUUGCGAUGAUUAAGAUUCCAGCAUAUCCAACAUUCAAAUUUGUUGUUCAUGGUAUUGAAAUAGAACAAGGUAAUCAUUUGGGUGUUGAUGUUCAGUAUCCUUGGGAGGAGAAUCCACAGGUUUCUCACGCACAUGUCAUGAAUAUGAGUGCCUUUUAUAUUGAUCAGUAUCCUGUUACUAACUCUCAGUAUAAAGAGUUUGUAGAGAAAUCAGGAUACGAGCCCAAAGACAUGACAAACUAUCUUCGUGAUUGGAAGAAUCAUAGUUGGUAUCCUAAUGGCUGGGAUAAGAAACCGGUUACGUGGAUUGAUUUGAAUGAUGCUCGUUCUUACUGCAAGCUGCUUGGAAAACGUUUGCCGAAUGAAUGGGAAUGGCAAUUUGCAGCACAAGGGACAGACAGUCGAAUUUACCCUUGGGGAUUAACAUGGGACAGUAAGAGGGUACCAACUCCAGUGAAGGGACGAAAUAUGCCAGGUCCAGCAGAUGUCGACUCACAUCCAAAUGGAGCAAGCGUGUUUGGUGUUGAAGACCUCGUUGGAAAUGUCUACCAAUGGACAAAUGAGUUUAUGGAUGAACACACAAGGAAGGCAGUUUUACGUGGCGGCUCUUACUAUCAGCCACAGGGUUCUCACUGGUAUCUGCCACAGCCGUAUAAACUAGAUGAGCAUCAAAAGUUUCUCCUCAUGUCACCAGGCUUGGAUCGUUCUGCUGCAAUUGGGUUCAGAUGUGCAGCCGAUGUUGCUGAAUAGACACUUGUGUGCACGAAACAUUCAAUUGAUUGUUUGAAAAUGAACUGCAGUAAUUUGUGCCAGGUUGAGUGUUUUGUAUCUCUGUGAAAACAACAGAGGUUAGCAAUUAUGAUGUAUUUUCAUCUUUUUGCAGUUUUGUAACUGAAUGGUAAACUAUCUCUACGAGGAUUGACUGUCCGGGGAAUGACGAGGGCAGAGAAAGAUUGGGUCGAGAAUUCGAAAUUUACUAU